AAGUGUCUACUACAGGUCCAAUCAGCGUCAGGUCAGGUGAAAUAUGCGGGGCCUAUGGACUGUGUGAGGCAACUCUACAAAGAGAGUGGCAUCCGGGGAAUCUACAAAGGCACAGGAUUGACCCUUAUGCGAGAUAUACCAGCCAGUGGGAUGUAUUUUAUGACGUACGAGUGGCUUAAACACAUCCUAACUCCAGAGGGAAAGAGCCCCGGUGACCUCAAUGUCCUGAGUGUUCUUUUUGCCGGAGGAAUGGCAGGGAUCUUCAACUGGGCUGUGGCCAUUCCCCCAGACGUGCUCAAGUCCCGCUUCCAGACAGCUCCUGAGGGGAAGUAUCCCAAUGGCUUCCGUGAUGUUCUGCGGGAGCUAAUAAGAGAAGAAGGCAUCGGGUCGCUCUACAAGGGCUUCACGGCCGUCAUGCUCCGAGCUUUCCCAGCCAAUGCUGCAUGUUUCCUGGGCUUUGAAAUGGCCAUGAAGUUCCUGAACUGGGUGGCACCAGGUCUGUGACCCCAAAGAAGAGCCACCGUUUAGAGAUCAUGUUAUCAUACCUGCUGCAUUGACAAUACCAACCUCCAAAA